AUGCCUCGGACACCCUCGCCCUCCUACCGCAAUACGACGCCACCCGUUGAAGAGAUCCCAAUGCAAGAAACCAAGCCUCAAACCGAGUCUGGGCCCGAGCCCGACCUUCCAACGCUCAACACUGAUACCCAGGACUUUGCUUCGCCUAAGAGUCAUGCUAUCACCUUCACCGACGCCGAUGGAAUCGAACGUGGCCAGACCCUCGAGCCUCCCGGGCACAUGCUCAGCGAAGUGUUCUCGAAUACGUUUUCCACUGAAGAGGAGGAGCGUCAGUUUUCCAUGAGACCUCGAUCAAUGUCUCACCAUCUGUCUGCGAAGGAUAUUCCAUCUAGGAAAUGGUUGACAAUCAAGGCAAAGUGGUGGAGAGCUCUGGAAAUGCUAGGCAUGUGCUUCCACAGCUGGGCCUGGCCUCGUCCUGCAAAGCCGGCCUUCAAAUGGGGGAUCGAGACAGAGACCGAGCCGAUCGAGCUAUAUUUCUACCUUCCUCCGAUAUACAACGAGGCCUUGCAAAGGGAUCCCUUGCAUCGCUUUCCGGCGGUUGUCAACUUUCAUGGCGGUGGGUUUUGCUUGGGUGAUGCACAAGAUGACCAGUAUUGGGCUCGGGUUGUUCUUCAGCAUACAAACUGUAUUUUCGUCAGCGUCAACUAUAGGCGUGCUCCCGAGCACCCUUUUCCUACGCCUGUCGAUGAUUGUGUCGAAGCACUUGUCUUCAUCGCCGAAAAUGCGGAUGAACUGCAUAUAGAUCAAACCAACAUCGCGCUGUCCGGGUUUUCAGCAGGCGCGAACUUGGCCUUCUCGGCGCCUCUGCGUCUGGCAUUUCAUCGAAAGAUGAACGCGUUGGAGAAGUUUCGAUCCAGGCCCUUCACCUCGCAGAGUGCCGAUACUACCGACACUUAUGGUUCUUAUAUGACCGAGCCCGAUGAUCAUCACGAAUUUCACAACUUCCUCACGCCGGUACCCUCGGGCUCUGCCCUGUCGACUUCGAAUCUAGUGAGACCGAGGACGGGAACUCCGCUGCAAAUUCGUUCUGUUGUCGCUUGGUAUCCACUGCUGGAUUGGACAAUGUCCCGGUCACGCAAGAUCAGGGAGUCUCGCAAUCCCAAGAAAUGUCUUUCCAAGACCUUCACCGACCUGUUCGACUUCUCUUACCUCCCUGCGCCGGACCUUCACGGCGACCACUGCAGCCCGUACGCGUCUCCGGCACUGGCACCCGACGAAAUGAUCCGUGAAGGCUUGCCACGCGAUAUUCAGUUGUGGCUUUGUGAGUGGGACAUGCUCCUCCGUGAAGGUCAAUUAUUUGCCGAGCGACUGGACAAUCUGGGCAAACGCAUCGACCACAAGACAAUUCCUCGCGUACCUCAUGCUUGGGACAAGUCUCCAAACCCGUUCCGCGACCAGAAGGCCAUUGACGUCCUGUACACGAAAGCCGCCAUCGGUUUAAACAGAGUGUUCCAGGACAGAGAUGGAGUCGGUCCUUUCAGCUCGAUGAGCUCGCUUCACCCCGACGAUCCUAUCAUCCAAAGACAACCUAGGAGGAGUGUCGUUAUGCCGCUGUAA